AUGAACAUACUGAUGGCUUGGUUUUUAUGUCAAUGGUUUGAAGCUAUUAUUGCGAAACUUGUCAUAAUUCCCUAUCAAAUCGGAUUGAUUUCAAUUGGAGUUGACCCGGAUAAAACCUAUUAUGACUGGUGGGCAGAAGAUAGAGAAGAGAUGAUUGUGAUCAGAGAAGAUAUUGGAAUCACGAUCAUUCCUUUGUAUAUUUCAAGUUAUUUCCUUUGGCAUUACAUGUAUUCUAUUCUUUUUGCAAUACUUGCCAUCGGGAUUGAGCGAGUUUGUGCCACAUAUUAUAUUCAAGACUACGAGCAUGUCCAUCGACGUCAUAUUCCAGUUCUCCUUAUCCUAAUCACUAAUUGCAUUUCAAUUCCCUAUGCAUAUCAAACUACCAAUAAUCGAAUAUCACUCGUGCUCACUUGUUUCCAAUGUCUCUUGAAUGGAUCUAUCGUAUUCUUUGGGUAUUUCGUCCUUUGGCGUAUCAAUUUAAUUUGGAGAAAUCGGAUAAGUAGUCUGAAAUAUUCACAUAAUGAGACUUAUUCGUUGGCAAGAAAAUUUCAAAUUGAAGAAAACAUCCGGAGUUUAACGCUAGCCAGGAAGCUUGUAAUAUCUGCUGUAAUAUUUAUCUCUGGCGUUUUCUUCCUUCUCGUUUUUCAAGUUUUCGAACUGACACACGGAUAUGACACAUUCUUCGUUUAUGCUUUGGAUAACUCUAUUUUGUUACCCGCCCUCGUAAUGAGUAUCACAUUACUGUUUUGUUCCCCAGCUUGGAAAGAGAGAUUCCUUGUUGGUUGUCCGGGAUUAAGAAGACUAAGAGAUCCAAGAGUUGCUCACAUCGCUCAGAAUACAAAACCAUCGGCUGUUAAAGAAACGGAAGUGUAUUUUGAGCAAUUGAGGAAUGCCUGGACUUGA